ACCGCCCGGUCCGCUCGGGAAGUAAGGAGUACAUAUCGCCUCUGAUCUCUUGGUACACCCAUCAGCCUCACCCCCUCUUUGUGCAGACCGCAGUCUCGAGCGUAGCAGGUGAGAUUUUCCCAUCAUGACAAACUGCGUUGCCUCCAUCGAUGCCGGCACCACCUCGGUGCGCUGCAUGAUCUUCGACGAGACGGCCAAGGUGCUCGCCUCACACCAGCUCGAGUUCGCACAGUACUUCAUCCAUCCGGGUUGGCACGAGCAGGACGCCCACGAGAUUGUCGAGAAGUGCUACCAGUGCAUCGAGAGGGCCGUCGCCGACCUUGGCAAGCUCGAUGGCGGCAAGUGGAACGUAAAAGUCAUCGGCAUCACCAACCAGCGCGAGACGACGGUGGUGUGGGACAAGGAUACGGGUUUGGCCCUGACCCGCGCGAUCGCCUGGCCCGACACGCGCACCGCACACACUGUCCGAGAGCUUGCCAAGAAAUCGCCCAAAGGCACUGAUGCGGUCAAGGCUGAGACGGGCCUGCCGCUGUCGACGUACUUUGCGGCGGUCAAGUUGCGCUGGAUGCUCGACAACUUGCCCGAGGUCAAGAAGGCGCACGAUGAAGGCCGCUUGCGCUUCGGAACCAUCGACUCGUGGCUGCUGUACAACUUUACCGGCGCCACCGCCGGCCCGGACGGCGGGGUGCACGUGACCGACUCGUCGAACGCAUCGCGGACAAUGUUCAUGGACCUGCGCAAGCAGACAUGGGACCAGGCGCUGUGUGACUUUUUUGGCGUCCGCAUCGACGUCCUCCCCCGCAUCGCUUCGUCUUCUGAGGUGUACGGCCAGAUGCGCGGUGGCCCACUCGAUGGCGUCGCCAUCGGCGGCAUCCUCGGCGACCAGAUGGCCGCGCUCGUCGGCAACAAGUGCUUCGCUGCCGGCGAGGCCAAGAACACGUACGGCACCGGCGCUUUCCUCUUGUACAAUACGGGAACGCACGUUGUCAACAGCGCCAACGGCCUGCUCUCGACCAUCGCGUACAAGGCUGGCCCGAAUGCGCCAGUGCACUACGCGCUCGAAGGCAGCAUCGCCGUCGCCGGCAGCGCUAUCAAGUGGGUCCGCGACAGCCUCGGCCUCAUCAAGGACGCCAGCGAGAUCGGCCCACUCGCCGCGCAGGUUGAAGAUGCCGGUGGAGUGUACUUUGUUACCGCAUUCAGCGGCCUGUUCUGCCCGUACUGGGACGACAGCGCCGCUGGGACUGUCGUGGGUCUCACGUCAUACACGGACCGACGCCACUUCUGCCGCGCGACAAUUGAGGCGACGUGCUACCAGACCGAGGCGAUCCUCGAUGCGAUGGCCAAGGACUCGGGGAUCCACCUCAAGGCGCUGCAGGUCGACGGGGGUAUGACCAACUCGGACGAGGCAAUGCAGAUCCAGGCCGACAUCCUGGGUAUCGCCAUCGAGCGCCCCGAAAUGCGCGAGAGCACGGCGCUCGGCAGCGCCAUCAUGGCCGGCAGCGCCAUCGGCCUCUUCGGUUGGAACGUCAACGAGCCACACACGCUCGACAAGGUCAACCGCGCCGGUAAGCAGCGGUUUGAGCCACGCAUCAGUGCGCAAAAGAGGCGCGCCGGCAAAAAAGGCUGGGAGCGCGCUGUGCAGCGCUCCCGCGGCUGGAACGUCAACGAGGACGAGGAUGACGGCGGAAAGGAGAACGCGUCCGCGACAGGCGCCGCUAGGGUCGGCGAGAAGGCGGCAAUGUAGGCGAUGCAUUGCAAAGUAGAGCAGACGCCAGGGCAGGUCCUCAUGCCAGCAGCGGUCACUUACUCGCAUAUCCUUUCCAUCGUCGCAAUCAAG